UUAUUAUUAAUAUAUUCGACUUUUGACCAAAGCUCCGCUGAUCCAUCAUCACCCACACCCCCCGUCUUCCAACUCGCAGGUCUGUGUAUAUAUAACACGAAAAUCAUAUGAAGUUUUGUAUACUUCGGGAAGACACCAGCUUGAGUUAGAGAGAGAUCAAAAAUGGAGAGAGGUCGAAGUAGCUUGGACGUUAGUAACAAGAAGGACGAGGAACUAGAAGUUGUACUCCCCGGGUUUAGGUUCUAUCCGACGGAUGAAGAGCUCCUAGGGUUUUAUUUACGUAGGAAGGUCGAGGGCAAGCUCCUCCGAGUAGAUCAGCUUAUCAAGCAUAUCGACAUCUAUAAAUACAAUCCAUGGGAUCUUCCAACAGUGAAUGGGGGAGACAAAGAAUGGUACUUCUUCUGCAUGAGAGGGAGGAAGUACAAGAACAGUGUGAGACCAAAUCGGGUGACGGGAUCGGGAUUCUGGAAAGCCACUGGCAUCGACAAGCCCGUAUAUUCGACCAAGGAAUCCCAUGAAUGUGUCGGACUCAAGAAGUCCCUCGUCUACUACCGCGGAACCGCCGGUAAAGGCACAAAAACUGACUGGAUGAUGCAUGAAUUCCGACUGCCACCAACCGGAAAGAGUGGCCAUUUGCCCAGCAAAAGAAUCAUUGCUGAAGAAGAAGCUGAAGUUUGGACCCUCUGCAGGAUUUUCAAACGGACACCGGUGCCAUCAAGAAAAUACAUCCCAGAAGGGAAAGACAAAAAGCCUGAUGCGAUCAAGGACACAAUGAUUAUCAGCACUACAAUGGAUUCCAGUUCUAAAUCUUGUAGCUUCGACUCCGACUAUGGUGAGCAUUACCUGAGCUUCGGAGACUCAGUCAUCAACCAGCAGAAAGAGAGAAAACCCAUGACGGCUGGCGGACAGCUAUAUUGUUGGUCUGGAAAUUAUUCGAACUCGGAGCCUUACAAGAGCUUUUGGGAUGUGAAUGAGGAUCAGGAUUUCUUCGCAGAUCAGGAGUUGGAUGAACUAAGAUCAGUCGCACACAGAGCCAUUAGUUCGUCUCAGGUUUACGGUUAUGAUUUCAGCUAGAUAGGUGUUUCUUUCUUUUUGAAAAAGGCUUAGGGGGCCAGAAGAAUAGAAAUAAAACAAUACAGAAACUCCCUUUUAUCAGCGAAGAUGAAGAUAGGUGUUUAAGGUAAUAUUGCAUUGUCUGAUGUCCCACAUAUUAUACCCGAUCGAACUAUGUUUGAGAUGUAAUGUAACAUUAAGGAGCCAGCAGACGGCAUUGCCAUAUGUAUUGUAUAUAUACCUUCGCUUCUUACGAGGGGCCAACUUUUCGUGUCCAAA